AUGGCAGGCGAGGAGCUUACCAUCACAUAUAUCGGUGGUACCAAUCGUACUAGGAGCCAGCGCCAGGCUGAGCUCGACAAAUGGGGAUUUCGGUGCACCUGCCCGGCAUGCGAUGAUACUUUGCAAGGCAGAGAGAGAGAACGAAAACGGGCUGAAUUGUUUGCUCUCGAUCAAAAACUCGCUAUGAACAUGCGUGUUGGCGGUGGUAUGAACAAGUCGUACAGAAAGGGGCUGCAGAUAGCGCAGAAAAUGGCAGCCAUACAAAAGUCUGAGGGCUUGCUGAAUGGAGAAUUGGGAGCCUCGUAA